AAUUUUUGAAAAUCGAGAUACGAUGACGAACCCAUGGAUCCAGGUCACAGACUAUUCUGAUGCAUUCCUAGGCUGGUCAACUCAGUCUGACUUCCAAACCUCUGUUCCAGAUGACAUCUCAUCUUCUGAAUCUAAAGAAUCAUUUUCAUAUCUGAAGGAUCCGUCCAAUACUGGAAGUGGAUACGAUUCAAAAGACUUCCCCUUUGGAUUUCAUGGCGUCAAAGCGACUGAUCCAAAGACUCCAAGACACGAAAAAGAUCAUUUUGAUUAUUUAAAUCCAACAGAUUUCAGUUUUGGACCAUCCAAGGACGCUUACUUUGAUACUUCUCAAAAAUGGAACUUUUUCCAUGGUUUGAAGGACUCCUCCUACCAGCAUACUCCUAGUAGAUUUAGGGACUCCUCCUUCCAACAUACUCCUAGUAGAUUUAGGGACUCCUCCUUCCAGCAUACUCCUAGUAGAUUUGAGGACUCCUCCUACCAACAUACUCCUAGUAGAUUUAGGGACUCCUCCUACCAACAUACUCCUAGUAGAUUUGAGGACUUCUUUUCUACUCAAAGUCUCAACAGUAAAGUGCAAUCAAAUCGUCCCAUCAACAGAAACUUUUACAAAAACUCAAAACAUGGAGUUCACCGACUUUCUCCAAAUCAGAAUAGAUAUUUGGAUAUGGAGCCUUCUUCUUCAAACAUACAUUCUAAACCUUUCAACGCACAAAAAGAACCUUCUAGAACCUUGACCCGAUCAUACCAGAAUUCUAGGAACAACUUGGAAGGCUAUUUAAACACCAUUGGGCCUGAUACUGAUUAUGUGGAUCUAGUGAACCCCUAUGAUACCUCUAUGAGCCCGUCAGGAAGAUGGGAGGAGAAAUGGGAAGAACCAGAAUAUGAACGUCCGUGGAAACCUCAGUAUGAGCCGAGUUACCAUGGCCAAGGGUAUAAUAUCCUACAACCAGAAUAUGUUAUCAGUCCGACUGUCGAUCCUUACGCAAUGCUAGCGCUUCUUGGCUUCCUAGUAUUCCUCUUCUAUAUAAUCUACAGCUUUCUCAACAAUACUGGCGCCGCAGGGCGAAGUUUCCCGCCAAAAUACAGAACACUCAAUCAAUCAAAUGAAGACGACUUGGCACCACAGAUUCAUUUAACUUUGCUGAAUUCCAUUCAAAAGUAUGAUAUGCUAAACAAUAUUCCUACCUAAUUGAAUUACGCUUAUCUAUCUAUUUAUUUAAUAAAAAUGCUAAAAUUCAA